GAGAGCUACUGGUGCUAAAGAGCUCGGUUAUAACUGCGAUAUAACUGUUAUGGAACUUUCUUGAGGCUUGCCAUUCUUCCGCCAUUGUUGUGUUGAGGAAUCUUUCGACGAUGCCUCCUGCAAGGAAAUUACUGCGGUUCCCUGUGUGCGAGGUGGUUCUCCUUCUCCUCUUCUUGAAAUGUGAAACUUGGGCGCGAAACCUGGACGUUGGUGAGAACGCGAUCGACAGACAGAACCCAGAGAACCUUCAAGAUGACUUUGUAGGAAAGGAAUUAACAAAACGUGCCGUAACAGAGGACCAAGCGGUAGAGAGAGAAGCAGAACCCUUCAAGGACUACACUGGGUGGCAAAUGCUUAGGAUUUUCCCGCCUUCGACCUCGGUUCUGGACCAGGUUCUGACUUCCCUUGAGGUCGACCCCCGUGUCGUCGUUCUCGGGGUUUUCAAAGCCCAAUUAGCGAUUGACGUAGCUUUGUCUCCAACCACGCCCCUCGAAGCCGUCCUAAGCCCCGCCCACCAGCCUAACCUCUGCAACCUGGACGACAAAAAAUCCCUCCGGUUAAAAGACCCAAUCAGUCCAAGGAAGAUUUCAAGGCAAUGUUCCGAUAAAAGAUCACCCGAAAACGAGACGAAGUCGCUCGGAAACGGACGAAAAGAUCAAAAUUCGGAUAACUUUUUAGGAUGGAAAACGGUGGAUGGUUUCCUCUCGCCCCGCUCGGCUCGUCAGCAUAAUGUGACUCAACCUUUGUCCUGGGACGACUAUUACCGCUACGACUCCAUGGUAUUGUUCAUCCAAAGACUCGCUGACGAAUACAGCACUGUCGAAUACCUUGAGAUUGGGACGAGCUUCGAAGGGAGACCUCUGCUCGCUCUUGUUUUUGCUCUUAGACCCGCACAGAUGGUGAAGCAAUACCGCAAAAGUAUAUUAAAAAAUCGACGGCUCGGAAAUCGUGAACCGGAGAAUCCUUCCACCGAAAAAAAGCGCCAUAAGAGGAAAACAAACAAGAAGAAGAAAAACACCAAAACUUUCGUCUUCAUCGAGGCGGGCAUCCACGCCCGCGAGUGGAUCUCCCCCGCAAUGGCGACCUUCCUGGCGCAGCAGCUCGCGGACGCCGGGAGAAAGUUCCUUCGGCGAGUGACGGUCAUCGUGGCCCCGAUGGCCAACCCCGACGGCUACGAGUUCUCGCACACCACCGACAGGAUGUGGCGCAAGAACCGACGGGAGACGCCCGACUCGGCGUGCAGGGGCGUCGACCUGAACCGCAACUGGGCGAAGGCGUGGGGUUCCUCCGGGUCCAGCGGCGACCCGUGCUCGGACACCUACCGGGGGGUCGAAGCCUUCUCCGAACCCGAGACCCAAGCCCUGCGCGACCUGGCCCUCGCCUGGAUGGAGAAGAUCUCGCUGUAUCUUAGUUUCCACAGCUACGGGAAUUUCGUCUUGCACCCAUGGUCGUACAGCGAGAGUCCGAGUUCGAAGGAGAGGCUGCUGAAGAAGGUGGCCAAGAGGAUUCGGAAACACAUGAAGCGCAAUGGGUACCCGGAUUUCAAGGGGGGCCAGACGGGUGACAUCCUGUACCAAGCUUCCGGGACGUCUGAGGACUACAUACACGACGCAGGAGUCCAGUACGCCUACACCAUAGAACUCCCACACUAUAGCUUCAUCCUCGACCCGGAAAAUAUCCUGCCAGUAUCCACAGCCGUCUGGAGAACCCUGGUUUGCACAAUAGGUAUAGUUGCCAAGAAGCAGAGCGUCUUGGCUUUCUGCAAGAAGCGCCUGGUCAAGAUUCAGCUCAAGAACGGCAAGACUGCCAGUGGUUGGUUCGACAAGAAGUUGCCGCUGGAGGAAGCUGAACAAAGUAUUAUGGAACGGUAUAACAUGACCGAAAAACGAAGAGCGAAAGACGAUGCAAAGAGAAAUCUGUUUUUAUCAGAUCUCAAAUAACGUAUUCAUUGUUUCGAGUUAUUGUUAUAGUGUUUAGAGGAUAGUAAUUAUAAUUUAGUACUAAGGGAGUAGACAAAGAGCUUUCAUAUUCCA